CUGUGCGUGCAAUUCACUUCCCCUUCACAACAACAAGGUUAUUUAACCUGUUAAUUUGGGAAAACGACAGUCACAACCUGGAAGCAGAAGUCCAGUAAAGAGCAUCACAGCAGACCAGACGGCCUCCUAACAGCUCUCAUACAGGACUGCAGCAGGACUUUAAACAUUUGUUCAGGAUGAACAGAAGACCACAGGAUACAGCUGAGGAAAUCGAGGAAGUAGCUGACUAUGUUAAUGCACCAGCAUGCACUGUGGGUAAAGUAGCAGCCCCUCCAGAGGAAAUCAUAGAAGAAGCUAGUUAUGUGAAUGCACCAGCAUGCACUGUGGAUAAAGUGGCAGCCCCUCCAGACCAGAGGUCUCUCUUCUUCACUCAGUCUUUUCCACUGAUAGCAGUGUGUUGGCUGAUACUGUUAGUCAUCAUGGGCCUUCGUAUCUACUAUUUUAUGAUCUUAGAAAGCAAGAUCAUAAACCUGACUGAAGACGUCCAGAACCUGACAACAGUAAACCAGAAGCUGGAGACACAGAGAGACAACUUAACAGAACGAAUACAAGACAUGGAGACAAACUUGAAUGAGCUCAACGUCAGUCGGGCUCAGUGGAGCAUUGAUGCCUACUGCCCCAAAAAAACAAACGGGAGACAGUGUAAAGCUUGUCAGAAUGGCUGGUUACUCACCGGGUCUAACUGCUAUGUGAUUCAUGAUGCUCCUCCUCCUCAUCGGAAAACCUGGGAAGAAGCUCGAGAAGACUGCAGAGGAAAGGGUUCAGAUCUGGUUGUUGUACAUAAUGAAGAGGAAAAGAAUGCACUCAAUACAUACAGCUGGCUUAGUUCAGGAACUGAUGGAUACUGGUUUGGCCUGAGAGCUGAAGGUGGGAGAUGGAAGUGGAUUGAUGGAAGUAAUCUGACUGUAAGCUACUGGACACCACAACCACCUCCUGCUGAUGGUCAGUGUGUAAUGUCUGUCCAGAACGUAGGAUGGAUAUCAGUGAGCUGUGCUGAGAAAAAACAAUGGAUCUGCAUAAUGAAGGCUUUAUCUGUUUAAACACUGCAGUCAGACUGCAUGAUAAUAUCA